UGCCCAGUAAAAAAAAAUCAACCGAGUUGGUCUGACCAGAAAAAGGAAAGGUCCACAGAGCAAAGUGCGGAGAAAUAUGUAUAAAUCUAGCUACCGGCACGAAGUGCGCAAGGAUAAAUAUGAAAGAAGCGACGCUUUUGAUGAGCAAAAAUUAGUAGACUUUGGCAACCUUGGCUUGACACAGGUUCAAGGACUAGAAAACCUGCAUGAACUAAAUGAAAGGUUUGCUAACUACAUUAACAGAGCUAGGGUACUGGAGCAAAGAAAUGGCAUCUUUAGGAAGCAGCUGGAGACCUUCCAGAGAAUGGAUGAAAUCUCUGGCCUGGAAGAAGCAUUCGAAGAACAGAUAGAACUGAACCAACAGAGAAUCAGGGAGCUAGCUUCUGAUCGGUCCCGUCUCGAAAGGGAGUACAAAGAUGCCCAGAGGAUGGUGGAAGAAUUUAAAAACAAAUAUAAAAAUGAAUGUGAGCACCAGCUGCAUCUCAAAGACACUCUUGAAAAUCUUAAUAAGGAAGCUGAUGAAGCUUUGCUUAGCAAUCUUGAGCUGCAGAUCCAAUCACAGUUCCUGCAAGAUGAUAUAAAUGCAGCAAAGGAAAGGUACAAGAAGAACCUUAUGGAAAUCCAGACCUACGUAAGUAUAUUGCAGCAGAUCAUCCAAACAACCCCCCGUGUAGCAGCUAUCACAGCCGGCAUUGGUGAGGAAAAGCUGAUAUCUGAAAGACGAAUCCCGAUACUACAGAGCCAGCUAGAGGAAUAUAAGAGCAUUCUCAGUCAGCUUCAGGCUCAGAAGUUAAAACUUCAGUCUGAGACUUCAGUGCUGGAAGAAACAAUAAAGAGCACCCAGGAGAGUUAUGAUGAUGAAAUACAACUGUACAAUGAGCAAAUUGAAGUCCUCAAGAAAGGCAUGGAAGAAGUUGAAAAGUCACUGGAAAAGUUAAUGAAUGAUUGCCGCCAGCUAUCCAUUUACCAGCAGUCCUUGGAGCAUGAACUAGAGAGGUAUAAGCGAAUCAUUGAGAAUGAGGAUCACAGAUUAAACUCUGCAAUAGUUGGAACUCCAAUUACUCUCUUCAUGCAAAGUGUCAAGUCCUCUCAGAUGUCCACAACAAGAGGAAGAGAUAUUACACUCGCUAUACAAGAUAUUGCUACAGCAAAGCCAAGACAAAAGAUGUUUCAAAGAAAAAUGUUAAGAAGAAAAGAGAUACCCUGCAUAGAAAUCAGUGAUAUUAACAACCAACAUGAAGUUCUUGAGAAAGAUGAAAGCAGUAUAGAGAAGGGCCCCACAGAAAGUGAACAUGACAACACUACCCUUGGUGAAGCAGAAAAAGAUUUGGAUCCUUUUGAACCUGGUGUAAGCGAAGAAGACGUACCUGAUGGGGCACAGAUAAGUAAAGCAUUUAAUAAACUAUAUGGUAUGGUAAGGGGAAGAAUGAUAACCUAUACAAAACCAGAACCUACUACUGAAUUAUUUGCAAAGAGUCGUUAUGUCCUUGUAACAGGUGAAUCUAGUUAUGAGGACCCUUGCUUCUGCUCAUCUAGCACUCAGACAGGCGGAAGGGUCAAUGUUAGCAUCAUUCCUUAUGUAAUGCCAGGUAAUGACAUUCUACCCAUUCCUGGGUUGCCUGAACCUUUUGAACCUUCAGACAGUGGAGAUGAUGAGGCAAAUAGGAAAGAUAAAUAUCCUGAUAAACCAGAAGAUGUAACGAAAUUUGAUGAUGAAGAAGAAAGAAAAAAUAAGAAAGGAAAACAAACAAAGGGCAAAUAUAAAGCUCUGCCAAUUGUAAUAAUACCAGAUGGAGGCACUAGGCGUGACUAUGAGCAGCCGCAAAUAUACAGUCCAGGCGCAAAUAAUGAGUAUAUGGCAUCACAAGCUGUCAGAGAUGCAGACUGCCUGCAUUCCAUGAGCUAUGAAAAAGUUGAGGUAGUGGAGUCAAUUGAAAAGAUCUCUGAUGACAGCUUGAAGAGCUAUGAAGAAACAGCAACAAUUGUAGAAACUGUGAUCGAGAAAACAAGGAAAAAAUAAGGAGCUGAUCUAUAAAACUGCGGAUGUUACACUUAAUUCAUUGAUUUCAGCUAUUGUAGGAAGGAUUAUUUCAUAUCCAAAUAAGAUUAAUUAUCAAGAACAUUAUAUUUAGAUGAUAACUAAAUACCCUUAUUGGUCAAUCAGAAAAGAAUGAAUGACUUUGUGCGGUGAUUGUUCUACCUUACCCAUUUCAGCUGUAUUUAUUCUAUUGAAAUGUAAACAUUUCUCCUGACAAAUAUCCUGCUUCUAUUUUAGCUUCUCAGUAAAUUGAUGUAAAUACGUGUGACAUCUGGUUAAUUUGCAUUCAAAUAAAAAUCGAAUUCCUUGAGCACCCA